CUGCAGAGAGCAAGUGCCCAGUGAUGCAUGUGGCUCCUGGCUGCUCUGCACAAUGAGAGCCGAAGUGCCUGGGCCAGCCAGCACGGCUCCAGCUGUGCAGCCUGGGCAGGGGGACUCUGCAACCCACAGCUCUGAGCUUCUCCACACAGAGAUCAGCCAUAGCAUCUUCUCACCAAGCAUCUCCUCGGCAGCUGAGCGCAUCAGUGCCAUCCUGCAGCAGGAAGAGGUGGGGGACCGAAAGUGGCCACCGCUGUUCGUCCAGCUCAAUGAGCUGUUCAGCACUGCAUCAGGCCUGGCGUGGAGAGAAACAGCUAGGUGGAUUAAAUUUGAGGAGAAGGUGGAAGAUGGAGGGGAGCGCUGGAGCGUACCUCAUGUCCCAGCACUCCGCCUGCACAGCCUCUUUGAGCUGAGGACAUGUUUGCAGGAGGGGACAGUGCUGCUGGAUCUGGAUGCCCACAGUUUCAAGGAAAUAAUCGAAAAAGCACUCUCUGCACAGCCUGAUGCAUGGGAGCCUGAGCUGCAGGACUGCCUGGCAGCUUUGCUGCUUUGCCAGCCGCUGCACCGAACCACCACAGCCCCGCUGCGUGUGCUCACAGAGCUCAGCCUUGCUCCCUGCAGAGGGAAGACCAAAUCCUGCCCUGAGUCCAGAACCCAGCUCUCACAAACACCUCUCAAGGAGCAGCUGAGAAACCAAUUUAAGAAGAAGCUUCUGCCAGGGGCCGAAGUAGCCAGCGUUAUGGUCGGGGAAGUCGACUUCCUGAAGAAGCCAUUUCCCGUCUUCCUUCGCUUAAGAGAGGCUGUGACCCUUGGCUCACUGGCUGAAGUUGCCCUCCCCAGCAGGUUUCUUUUCAUUCUGCUGGGCCCUCAAGCCAAAGCGAAAGCCUACCAUGAGAUUGGAAGAGCUAUGGCCACGUUGCUGACAGAUGAGCUCUUCCAAAGGAUUGCCUGGCAGGCUAAGCACCAAGAAGACCUUAUUGCAGGGAUUGAUGAGUUUCUGGAUGAACUGACUGUGCUUCCUCCUGGAAAAUGGGACCCCAGUGACCGAAUUCCUCCACCACACUGCCUGUCGUCCUCAAACAAGAGGAUCUCCAUGCACCUGCGGGAGUGGAAAUCUCGCUGCAACGGGAACACAACUGCUGCCAAGGACAGGCCUAGCCUGGCCCAUCUGCAUACCAGUGAAGAGCUGGAGAGGACAGGAAGACUCUUUGGGGGGCUGAUCCGAGACAUCCGAAGGAAGGCAUAUUGGUAUCGCAGUGAUUUCUCUGAUGCCAUGCACAUCCAGUGCCUCUCAGCAGUUCUCUACAUCUACCUGGCAACGGUCACCAAUGCCAUCACCUUUGGGGGCAUGCUGGGGGAUGCAACGGCCAACAUGCAGGGUGUACUGGAGAGCUUCCUGGGCACUGCCUUCACUGGCUUCAUCUUCUGCCUCUUCUCCGGCCAGCCCCUGACCAUCCUGAGCAGCACUGGCCCAGUUCUGGUAUUUGAGCGUCUCCUCUUCUCCUUCAGCGAGGACUACGGUCUGGACUACCUGGAGUUUCGCCUUUGGAUUGGGCUCUGGGUGGCCUUUUUCGGCUUGGUUUUGGUGGCCACUGAAGCGAGUCACUUGGUGCAGUAUUUCACUCGCUUCACUGAGGAAGGCUUCUGUGCCCUCAUCAGCCUGAUCUUCAUCUAUGACUCUCUAAAGAAGAUGCUGAGCCUGGCAGAAGCCUUCCCCAUCAACUGGCACUACCAGACUGAUGAUGUGACCUUGUACAGCUGCACCUGCAACUUAUCUGUCCCAGGCCACAUCACAGCAGGCAACAACACACUGUCUCCUCCACCUAUCACCCUGCAGCAGCUUCCUGCCACACUGAACCGGGCCCAGUGCCUGGGCCAAGGAGGCCACCUCCUGGGGAGCAGCUGCCCGUAUGUGCCUGACAUUGCCCUUCUGUCCUUCCUCCUCUUUGGAGGUACCUUCCUCUGCUGCACCACACUCAAGCACUUCAAGAGCAGCCGCUACUUCCCCACGGGGUUUCGGAAGCUGGUAAGUGACUUCUCCAUCAUCCUGGCCAUCCUCAUCUUCUGUGCCAUCGAUGCGGCUCUUGGUCUGGAGACCCCCAAGCUUCUGGUUCCCAGCGAGCUGAAGCCCACAAAUCCCAUGAGGGGCUGGAUCGUCUUCCCCUUUGGAGCCAACCCCUGGUGGAUCUGCCUGGCAUCUGUGGUGCCUGCCAUCCUCGUCACCAUCCUCAUUUUCAUGGACCAGCAGAUCACAGCUGUCAUUCUUAACCGCAAGGAGUACAAGCUGCAGAAAGGGGCAGGCUUUCACCUGGACUUCCUCUGUGUCUCACUCCUGAUGAUUGUCACCUCUGUGAUGGGCCUUCCUUGGUAUGUGUCGGCCACUGUCAUCUCCCUGGCACACAUGGACAGCCUCAGGAAGGAGAGCACUGCCUCAGCUCCAGGCGAGCAGCCCGAAUUCCUGGGCAUCAGGGAGCAGAGGUUGACUGGCCUGGUGGUCUUCAUCCUGACAGGAGUUUCUGUCUUCAUGGCACCCAUUCUCAAGUAUAUCCCAAUGCCAGUGCUGUAUGGGGUCUUUCUGCACAUGGGAGUGGCAGCUCUGAACAGCAUCCAGUUCACGGACCGAGUGCGGCUGCUUCUGAUGCCUGCGAAACACCAGCCAGAUCACCUCUACCUCCGCCAUGUGCCACUGCGCCGGGUGCACCUCUUCACCUUCAUCCAGCUGCUGUGCCUGGCCAUGCUUUGGGUCAUCAAGUCCACUGCGGCUGCCAUUGUUUUCCCAGUGAUGCUGCUGGCCCUGGUGGGGAUCCGGAAGGCACUUGAGUGCAUCUUCUCCCUGCAUGACCUGAGCUGGCUGGAUAACAUUAUGCCUGCAGCAGCCAGGAAGGAGGCAGAGGGGAAACUGCACAGGAAGCAGGAGGAGCAGGAAAGCAACGCUGAUGAAGAGGUGGGUGAUAUCCUGGGAGCUGCGCUCUUUUGGAGCCAUCCUGCAGGGCUCUGUGGUGCAGGGGCUGCACCUGGCCAGGGCACGCAGCUCGGGCAGCAGCAUCUCCCAGCACAAGGUGCCAAAUCCAGAUGGAAUGGCACCAGAGCUGCGGUGCUUUCAUCUAGGGAGUGGCUGUGGGAGCGGGGACAGCAGCAGAGCUGGCAUGGGGCCAUGGGCUCAGCACACCCCGUGCCACAGUGCCGGCCAGCGGCAGGCCGAGCAGCUACAGGAGCUGGAUGCUGUGGGCACGGCUGCCGGUGGGUGACCGGGAGCGCUGCCAACCGCAUCGCCCCCUUGCUUCUCCUCCAGUCUGAGCUGAUGUAUCGCCAAGGACGAGAGAUCAACAUCUCCGUGAAUUAG